GCUUUCCUGAGCUCCGGUAGCAAGACCCUGCAUUUGGGGAAGUCCGGGUGGAAGUGGUCUAGACCAACACAAGCUUUAGUGCUGUAGCUUAGACUCCCAGGGACUCGGUUGAAGAGGUCACGAGAGAUGAAGCGUCCUCCGGGAAGCAGCAAGGAAAGCAAGGUCAAACAUCAAAGCAUCGGAUCGUGAGCCUCCUGGCCUUGGAGCGCUUGUGUUGCGGUAUAAGUGGCAAGCAGUGCCAAUUCGGGAACCGAAGAGUAUUUUGCCAAGUAAAGUUGGCAUCUCUCGCUGUUCGCUGUUCUCGAAAAGAAACACAUCACUAACAUGGCAAGCCCGCAAGGAUCCAGCAAGAUGCGCGAUGAAGAGAAGGUCGUCACCUCGUAUCAUGAGCGCCCCGUAGGCCUGGAUACGGAGACUGGAGAGCUCCCGUCGGGCUACUUCAAAUCGGCAUCGUUCAUCGGAACGAUGUUUGCGGCGCAAUCUGCCUGGGCCGCAGGCGUCGGAUCUUUUGCUCUGGCAGCACCUCUCCUCGGCACCAUCAACCAGGAGAUCGGACCGAACCCCCAAAUCGCCUGGGUCGCCCUCGCCUACACUCUCCCGCUGGCCGUCUUCCAGACGCUGGUGGGGCGGCUAUCCGACCUCUUCGGGCGGCGCUACUUCUUCAUCUUCGGCACCCUGCUCAGCCUCGUGGGCUGCAUCGUCUGCUCCACCGCGAAAGACGUGCCCUCCCUCAUCGGCGGCACCGUGCUGCUCGGCGUGGCCGCGGCGGCGCAGCUGUCGGUGACCUACGUGGUGGGCGAGCUGGUGCCGAUGAAACACCGCUUCCUCGCCAACGCCUUCGUGUUCGUCGGCGUGGUUCCCUUCGUGGGCAUCGGGCCGGCGAUUUCGUACGCCUUUGUGCUGCGGACAUCGGCCGGCUGGCGCGGGUGCUACUACCUCAUCGCGGCCGUGAACGCCUUCUCCCUCGUCUGCUGGGUGUUGUUUUACUUCCCGCCCACCUUCCGCAUGCUGCAUGGGACGACGUCGAAGCGGCAUGUGGCGAAGCGGUUUGACUAUGUCGGCUUGGUCCUGUUCCUCGGCGGCUUUCUCAUCCUCCUCCUGGGCAUCUCUUGGGGCGGCGUCGUCUAUCCCUGGCAUUCACCCAACGUCAUCGCCACCAUUGCCGUCGGCGGCGCGGCGAUGGUCGCCUUUGGCUUGUGGGAAGCGUUUGCCAAGCUGGAGGCGCCCAUGAUCCCGAUACACCUCUUUCAGAACGGGGCUUGGGUCGCGCUGGUUUUUCUGUGCGCCCUUUCGGCCUCGGUGUACUACGCCUUUAGCAUUGUGUGGCCGCAGAUGGUCUUCGGGCUGUACACGGAUGAUCUGUAUUAUGGAGGCUGGCUUGCCUGUCUUGUCGGGGCCGGGACAAAUAUUGGGCAGAUGCUGUCGUCUUUGGGACGCCAUAUUGGCAAGCAGAAAUGGCAGUUGGUGUUUUCCAUGAUUGUGUCCACGGCAACACUUGGUGCCGCGGCAUGUGUUACGACGACAAACAAAAACGUCGUGGCCGGCCUCAUGACAGUCGGCUGCUUCUUCACCGGCUAUCUCGACAGCAUCGGUCUCGCCAUGGUCGGCAUCUGCAUCCAAGACCAGCGCGACAUCGGCUCGGCCGUGGGCAUCGCCGGGACGGUCCGUGGCGGCGUCGCCACCAUUGCCACGGCCAUCUACUCCAGCAUCCUGGCGAACGAACUGGCGAAGAACAUCCCUGCCAUGGUCGGCCCGGCGGCGGUCGAGUCGGGACUGCCGGAAUCGUCGGUUCCGGCCUUCCUCGCCGGGAUGUCCGGGGCGGGCGACUUGACGGCGGUGCCCGGGGUGAAUGAGGCCAUCGUCGCGGCGGGGAGGGAUGCGUUCAACUGGGCGACGGUCCACGCGUACCGGAUGGUGUUUUACUCGACCAUUGCGUUCAGCGUGGUCUCUAUCGUUUUGGCGUUUUUGUCGCCGAAUGUGGACAAGCUCAUGACGGAAAAGGUUGCGGCCACUCUGCAUGGAGGGAACUUGAAGGGCGUUAAGGGGGAGGGGGAGAAGGAAUGA